AAUUAUUCAUAACAUUAGAUGACGAUUUAAAAUAUAUAAAUUAUAAUUAUAUUUUAGAGCACUACCGACAAUAUAUAUUACCUAUUAUACAUCACAGCGUAGCUAGAAGACUUGGUGUACGCUGCUUCAUGGAAACUCAAAAUUCUGGCUAUAUGUUGGAAUAUUUUGACGAUUGUAUUGAUUAUAUUCUAGAAAUUCAAUGGAAUCCAAACUCUAAUACAGCAGAAGGAAAUGUACGGAUGGAGUGUUUUUAUAUGAGAGAGGGAUCCGAUCUACAAUACCCUGCAAACAUUAACAAAACCAGACGUUUGGUUUAUUGUAGCAAAGAGAUACAGAAUCCAUUACGUGAUAUAUCAGAGAUGAUUAAAGCUUUCAAACUCGAACUAAAGAAUGGCAACAAUCGUUCCACUAUAUUUUACUCUGAGAAAUUUAAUCAAAUAAUAUCUAUCUUAUUACAAAGUUUCUAUGAGCUAAAUAUUGAAGCACGAACAAAUAGAGAGUACAGAAUCAUUUCACGUUCAAUAAAGAAUAUAACAAAAAUCCGAAAGGAACAAAUACAACCAAAAAGAAGAUGUAAAAAAAUUAAAUUUACAAUUGGUAUGAUCGUAAAUAUUCAUACAUGUUUAGCGAAACAGUUGGCUGUUUUGCACAGCGAAAUUAAUUGUCAUACUGGCGUGAUAAUUGGUUGGCAUUAUAUCUGCAAAUCUUACUUUGUAAAAAAAGAUAUGGAUUUUUUAGUCCCAUAUUUGACUGAAUGCAAAAAUCCUGAUCUUGUGUUUUUAGACGACAAUUUGUUUUGUAUAUGUAGAUGUGAAAAGAGCAAGAUAGACAAUAAUAUUCAAUUUAAACCGCAUUAUAUAAUUCUCGCCGAAAAUAAUAAAUUAUGUUAUUUGCCACAAGAUACUCUAUCAAUAUGUCCACCUAAAUGCAUCGAUAAUUUUGAAAUAGGGCGAUAUUUUUCUAAAUUUGAAGGUACUCAUUACGUACCAAAUGAAAACCUGGCAAAAGAAUAUCCAAAGGAUACUGCUGCUAUUCAUGAUAUACUUCCCAGUAUCUCUCAGCAAUACAUUGAUAAUUGGCUAGAUAAUAUUGUAAAAAAAAUAUUAAGCCUUCUUAAAGAUAAAUAUUCUACGCAUGCAAUAUUAUCGAUAUCUUCUGAAAAAUUUACUUUUUGGAGAAAUAACAAUAUUGAUGACAAUUUCUGGAAUCCAACAGAAGCAAAGCAAAUUAUACGUAUCCUGGAAGAAUACAUUUUAGAGCACUACCGACAAUAUAUAUUACCUAUUAUACAUCACAGCGUAGCUAGAAGACUUGGUGUACGCUGCUUCAUGAAAACUCAAAAUUCUGAUGGCUAUAUGUUGGAAUAUUUUGACGAUUGUAUUGAUUAUAUUCUAGAAAUUCAAUGGAAUCCAAACUCUAAUACAGCAGAAGGAAUGUACGGAUGGAGUGUUUUCAUAUGA